UGUGAGCAAUGCGAUUUCUUUUAUGAUUACCAAAAAUGGUGACUACGGAAUCAAUCUAAGUUUUGUUAUUUAAUGUAAUACGUUUAUUGAGCUCAAGAAAAAAUUAACCGGAAGAUAAAAUUUUCUUUUCCAAAGUCGAUUUCAUCGAUAAUUUGAGAUGAUCAACCAGACUGACCAAUAUGCAGAGCAUCGCGAGCAAAUGAUUACGCACGUGGUGCUCCCUCGGCAUUUGCCACAAGUGAGAUCCAGUUGCCUCCACAACCAAGAACUGUGUUUGCUAUCGCUUAUGGCAUCCACCUUUCGAAAAUUCGACCCACUUGAAACCCUGAAUGCAGUGAAAAUGGUAAACACUUUGGAACGUGUGCACGAAACACUGACUCCUGAACUCGUUUCAUCCGAAAUUGAGGCACUGCAACCAGGCAAUACGUUCGCAAUGUUUGUCCGUCGUCAAAAUUGUGCUAUCAUGAUCCAUUUACCGCCCAAUCAAACGACAGCACCGCAGAAUGUUAUUGUGUCGACAUUCCCCGCAAAUUUGCAUCCGAAUGAGGUCUAUAAAUAUGGCGGUGAUUUGGAAUUUACGUAUCCAGUGCAAGCGCUGCACGUCAAAUUUUCCCAGCUAAUCAAAUCAAAGGCGUUUGCAGAGCAGCUUUGUUUCCUUUAUGGCGAAUCAUCAUUCAAUAUGAAAAAACGGGACCACGUUUCAAACUGGCUUAUUACGGCCCUAUGCGAUGAAGGUUCCAGAACGGCAACGACCCGAGAAUUUCCAUUUGUAACAAAGAAAAUUCGUGAUGAAGUCCUCGGCAAAACGGGAAAGACCUGUUUUCGACGAUCGAGCUUCUACAUGUGCAUAAAGGUUUUCCUGCAACAUAGUUUGACGCUUGAGCUAGGUGCAACGAACGGCAAAUGGUUCUUUAAGCUUUUGAUGCUGGAGUUUUUGGCAGAUUUGUGUGAUUCCGUUGAGAAAAUUCGUGACAUCGAUUUGAUAUGUCAACUUAUCGCCAAGCUCGCCCGGCGAAUAGAAAAAUUCGGACAAGUACAAUACGUGCCUAACGACACAUUAAAUCAACUCGAGCUGGAGCCGCAUGUUCUCAAUCAUUCCCGAAAUGCGAUUUCGAAAAUUCGUGCUAAAAUCGACCUUCAAAUUGAAGAAUUGCAACAGUUGGACGAAUCAAAUGCACAACUAACGCCAUUGACUGAUCUGGAUUUUACCACAGAUGCUCUUCAAAAAACACCAAAAUUGAACGAGUAUCUGAUGAAUCGUAACCAUGGAAACGUUCUGACUCCAUUUACUUUACGCUUGCAUAUCAAGUCAUACCGCCGAUACUCCAGAGAAUUGGUACGCGCUCCUCGAUUGGACAAUUUCAUCAGCCUAAAUGAAAGUGGCGAAUUUGAGAAAUGUUUAUUUUUUGCCGAUUACGAGAACUGGAUUCUCUACACUUUGGACAUUAACGAGACGAAAUUUAGCUCCUCAGAUAUUUGCGAAUGGGCCUUCACAUACGGAUCAUAUGCCGAGAAUUUCUACAAAAACGACCCGCUUGGUAACAGUAGAAUGAUUUUGGUGCGAAUGAAAAUGCUUGCAAUGUUGGACAAACUUGCCACAAAGUCGUUCCCCAUGCUUUUGGAGCAUCGCAGUGGCGUCAAUACAGACAUUUUCAACAGCCUUCUGCUACCGCAAUACUUUGACAUGAAAAUCGGAUUCGAAAUCGAGUCUUAUUUCAAUGAACGCAACGCUCAAAGCAAAUUUCCUAGUCUGGUCGAAGAGCAUUCUGUCACGGUUGGGUCGUUUUCAGCUCGAUUCGCUCGCAAAAACCCGUCAAUGCAAGACAUACGGAAAGAAUUGAAUACUAUCGACCAAGAGAACAUUGACGUGAAGCGGCGGGAAUGGACCGCUUUGAGAAGAGAAAUUUCCAGCUUACGUUGGCAAGCGAAACGCAUACAUCACGAGAUCGUUUCAAAGAAGCAUCUAGAUACGUGUUAUUUGUGCAGCAUUCAAAAGAGAAUCACCGAAAUCAGAUUCGAAGAAUACUUGAAAAUGAUGCCGGACGAAGAAUACAAGCAAAAUGCGAUCGUUUUCGAGCUUGAUAUACCUGCUGAUGUCGCGUGCCUGCGAGAUGUUCUUGAAGAUUUCAACCGAUAUUGCAGCGAAAGAAAAAGUUCAGCCAUUGCAAUCCGGACGAACUGGAAUGAGCUAGACGUCAUUUCCAAAUUCAAUCAGUCCGCAAGCAAAAAUGUAAAGCUCGGAUUGACCAUCCAAACCGUACAGCUAACGAGCUACCACGCAGAUGAAAACUUUGAGCGCUUUGUACGACCAAAUUCCAAUGACUGUGUGUAUCAUUGGUCCAGACAACGAUUGACUUCAAUGCCGACGAUUCGUGUUAAGAGUGAAUGUACGUUGUCAACCGAACAGAAAUACACCUGCCUACAAUGGACUCUUGCUGGAACGCAUACUCAGAAUGAAGUUUUGGCUCUCCAGGGACAAUGUCCGCCGGGUAUGAUGUUGAGUGAAUUCAAGUGUUUCGGCUCACUUCGAGCGGAUGGUCAUCGCCUGCAACUACGUAAGCUGUACGGCAUGAUAGAAUACGAAGAAUUAUCAUUUGCGGAGCUCUCAGUGCUAUCGUUGGUCGCACAAACACUGUGGGAGGCUGGACAAAGUGGAGACAGCGGAUCGGUGCGUGAAUCAUUCAUUGAUUUGAGAGACAAAGCAUUCACGUACGCAUACAUCGAUACGCUUAAUAAAUUCAUCGAUCAGCAAAGCAACAAUUGGAUGCACUCAUUGAAAUUACUGUCCAUCGUUUUGGUGACCGUUCGCAUUUUCGAAAUCAACAAUGACGAAGAAACAGCCGAUUCGAUCAUGGCAGUCCUUCACAAAAUUCGAUCACUUGCUCUCAACUGGAUCGAAGAUGUAGAGAUGGCAAUUCACAAUAUGGGCACGGCCGCCAAGACCAACGAUAUUCAAAACAUAAAGCGACAAUUAUUCAAUAUUGCCAUUGUGGGAGCUAUGACCUUCUUUGUUAGUUCAAACCACAAAUUCUUCGAAAAGAUUUUCGACAAAAAUCCAGAAAAUGAAUUACCGGGCGUAGUAGUUUGGCUACGCUUUAUUGUGGUGCUGAAUAACAACAUCAUUUUGGGGAAGAAUAAUUUCACGGGAAUCAACUCGGUAUGGUUGCGCCGACUAUUGUGGAAAGUUGGUGUGGAAAUCGAGCAAAAAGUGCGUCUAGUGAUAGAGCAGAACGGGAACGUCGUUCUUGAUGUGGUCAAACAUUUUUGGAAGCGUGCCAAAGGUGGCGUUUUCGCCGAAACAUAUUUCGACAACCGAUCGCCACAAAUUGUGGUCGUCAAUGUCGACGUCGGUGGUAAAUUGGUAUUCGUUACAUUGGACAUAAUUAGCGGAUCAUUUUUGGUGGAUAAUUUACCAGUGUCGCGGCUCUCACAAGAAAUUGUCGCCUCACCAUUAUAUCAGCGUAUUUUUGGCAAUUCAGUUUUUGAAGUCCAGCCGGACGCACAGAAUAGCUUUGCAACUGUUCAUUCGUACAGCGACUGCUUUUACGAGUUCUUCAAAAUACCAAAUGGUCUCAUCAUCACCGAGAAGCAAAACGAUGUAGUGAAAGAGCUUAUUCCGGCGGAGAUUUUCCAACACGAGAUUCCAGGACUUUUAGUCGAAAAUUACAGCCACUGGUGGAACAAAAACGGAAGCACAAUCGAAUUUCGGCCGAUUCUGUUCACAAAUCAGCUGUUCUCGAAGCCGGAAGGAAUAACGUAUCGAUUGGAUUUACAGGAGCACCAUCUGAUUGAAAUGAAAUCGAAGCGCUGCUUUUUGGACAUCACGAGUAACAGUUACAUGCAAAUAGUCAAGAAUCUGUCCCGACUGGAGGUUCCAAAAUAUAUUCAUGUUCUUAUGGAUGAGCCGGAAAUAGCUAGAGCCGAGCUAAUUCGCAUGCGGCUGAACUUCAUUAUUAAAGAGAAUCCAGCAGAUGAUCUGAUGGAAAACGGAAGCGACGACAUCACGAUACGAUACGAUAUCCUUUCCAAUGAAUUCAACGAUAUGCGAGUCAGUUUGACUCAAAAGUGUGGAACACUGUUCGGAUUGAUGCAUGGCUUGCUGUUGGAAGGUACCUCGAAUGCGAUGAAACUUCUUCUAAUUCCGCAUGGCAGCGUUAACAUCAAGCGCCAUCGGUCACACGUGGCAGUUCGAGUCAAUGUUGCUGAUGCACUGCACAUGCCACCAUUCCACGAAUAUUACAUCGACGAGCAAUUGUGCUGGAUCAAACCUAACAACAGCAACUUUUCGGCCUGGUUGUAUCUGGCAUAUUUGCACGCGGUGACAUCGCAUGGGGAAAUUGAACCGCUGACUGGAAUGUCUGGCACGGAACGAGCACUGCAAAUACUUCAAUCUGGCGUCGUUUGGUCGUCGAGUCCCUAUGAUUGGAAUGCUGCUAGCAUUUUGCAAAAUAUCGCUGAAUUGAGUCCUACACGCACCGGGGGAACGAUACGAAUGGUUCAAUGGCCCGAUUUCAUACCAGCACGGACAGCACAAGAUACUUUCGUUUUUAUCGCUCGGAAGUUGAUUGCAGACAGUGAACGAUUGGGUGGACUUUAUCCGGACGCAACCGUCAAAGCUAUUACAACGAAAGCAAGUCUAACUCUACAUAAUCAACAAGAAUAUUCCCGAUACUUAACGUUUGCUCCAAAUGUGCGCGUUGCUGACGAAUUCCUAACUCGUUGCAUAUCGACGACAUCGUAUCCGAAUUUCGUUGAUGAAAAGCUGUCGUCGAAUACAAUGAAAUUGUCGUCGUUGUAUCAUCGAAACGAAUUUCAAGUGCCGAUUGGUUUGGACGUAUUUAGUGUUUACUUCAAGGGCAUGCAGAAGUUGGAUGGAAUAGUGCAUGUCGACGAAGUUAAAUCGAUUUUGCAGCAUCAAUUUCGUCGCUCGACUCUUAUGAAUUUGUGGUUGUCGCUGUAUGAAGCUGUCCGUACAUCCUUGCUUAAUCAAGAGGAAUUAGCGUUGACUUGGACACUUCUUUCUCAUCAAAAUCAUGACAUUAGACUCAUUCUAACACUUCAAACAAUAUCGAUGAACGCUCAGUAUUUCAAUUCGAUCAUUCCACCUGGUGCUUCAUCUUUUCAAGUAAAUCGAGGAGAAUACUGUGACUACACAAUUCGGCAAAUAUUACGAAAGCAUUUGGAGAAUUACGGCGUGUCUGUGAAUCCGAAAGAAGAAGCAAUUCGAGUUCGGACCAAAGAAGUUGAGAGUAAAUGGCCUUGUGACAGUAUUUCCUUUUCGUCAUCGGGUGACUUGUCAUAUUGUCUAAGUUUUGCGUGCCGUGAAAUUAAUGAAAAACUUUGCAUCUGGAAUAACAACCGAAAAUUGAGGCUUUUCUUUGAAGCGGUAGAUCUAAAGAUGCGUCAAUUAUCUUUUAGGUCAAGAAAUUACCUUGCUGAACCUAUUUUGCAGCCGUAUCGGGUACCGAGUCAAUUGAAAUGGAAGAAAUUUGAAUUAGACAUCGACGCCCGUAUGCAUUCAAGCAUCGCCGAAUUAGACCAAAUUUUGGACGAAGCUAAGCAUGUGUGGACAUUAGCGAAUGAAAAUGGAUCAAAAUCGUCUGAUUACUGGUGGUCGAUGUACAAAGACAUCAUUAACGCCUCCAGUGUUCAGCAUUUAAUGGAUUCUGGCUUAUGUCCACGAAUUGUGCCCAGUAUAGUUUUGCCCCGAAUCGCUUCCGAUGAAACGGCUGCAGGAUUGAAGGCGCUAUUAGGAGCAUUAGCGAUUUCCAUUGUGAAGGAGCAGCGAGAGAAGCGCAUCGACAGAUAUUCGAGUGAAGAUCCAAUGAAAGAAAGAGAGAUGGAAAACGUACCACACGUGAAUUGGCGUCCGUGCGACUAUCCCAACUGGUUGCUGUUCGAAAUUGAGCAAAAUCUGACCAUCCGACGGAUUCAAAUCGAAAUUGCAAAGCGUAUGAUAAAUCCGCCGGCAGGGGGUACGCCACAUUCCGUUAUGCAGCUGAACAUGGGGGAAGGGAAAACGGCAGUCAUCGUACCGAUUCUGGCUUCAUUUUUGGCUGACGGCAACCAAGUGUGUCAAGUUACAGUCCUCAAGUCAUUGUUCGCAACGAAUGCCAAAUCGCUUCGCAAUUAUUUGGGUGGCAUGAUUGGACGAAGAAUAUACAUGUUUCCAUGUCGUCGCGAUUGGCCUGUUCGACAACACGUCGAAACUAUCAUCCGACUUUAUCAAGAAUGCUUCGUCAAUAAAGGAGUGAUUGUCACCUUGCCGGAGUACCGUCUGUCAUUUCAGUUGAUGAUGUACAACUCAAUUCAGAAACGUGAAUUCGAUGUAACCAGACGUUUCCUCGCCGCCCAUGACUGGAUCAACACGCACGUCCGCAACAUCCUCGACGAAUCUGAUGCGAUCCUGCAUCCAAAAUAUCAAUUAAUUUACAGUGUUGGCAAACAACUUCCGCCCGACGGCAACGAUUUGCGGUGGCUGGUUAUUCAAUCGUUGCUAAAACGCGUUCCGUUCCAUAUGAAACAGUUGCAAGGCGAACUCGGAGACGAAGCAGUGGAAUUUGAUCGCGAGUACUUGAAAAAAUGCAACAUUUUCGGUAGCGAACAAGUUAACAGUCGACCGGAUGUGUUCACGUCUUGUCGGAUUUUGGAUGAACAAUCGGUUUUCUCCAGAUUGAACAAGGCCUUGACCAAUGAUUUCUUAAAUGGUCAAUUAGACAUUGUGUUCCAGGAACCGAUAACGGCGCUGAAGGAAAGCUUAAAAAUUGCUUUCUUUCAAGAUUCAGAAACGGUCGACCCGAAGUAUCUUGAAGCAUUGCUGGCACCUUUUUCGGAGAGAGAUCGGAACAUUAUUCUUAUUCUAUGCGGCUAUUUGCGUCUGGAGGUCUUAAAACUGACGCUGAUGAAACGAUGGCGCGUGAGUUAUGGGGUGGAGCAGAAUGGUGAACGGUUGAUGGCAAUUCCGUUCAAGGCAAAGGACGUUGCAGCGAAGAGGACAGAGUUUGGCCAUCCUGAUGUUGCAAUCUGUUUCACACAUUUGUCAUACUACUACUCAGGCCUGACUGAUGAGCAAAUAUUCCAAGUAUUUGAAAUUCUUUCAAAAACUGCAAAUCCGGACGACGUCUAUGAAAAGUGGAUUGCCAACAUUCCCAUCAAAAUCGUUCACCCUUCGAUUCGGCGCUACUCCAUCAUCAAUCUGAACGAUGCACAUCAACGCGAUCAUUUGCUGUUUCCAUUGCUCAAAUUCAACAUGUACGCCAUUGACUUUUGGUUAAGUCGAGAAGUUCUUCCGCGCGAAGCCAAGACAUUCACACACAAACUUACAUGCACCGCAUGGGACCUAUGCAGCGAAAGUUUGACGCACAAAGUCACAGGCUUCAGUGGCACCAAUGACACCAAAGACAUUCUACCGUUGCCGAUCGCUCAAAACGAUCUGAAAGAACUGGAAAGCACGAACGAAGAAAUGCGUCAAAAACUUCUGCGGCCCGAGAACCAGUGCUAUUGUGCCCUGCCAGCUAAUGUUACCGGGAAGCAGAUUUUGCAAAAAUUGGUACAAGAUGGCAUACCCGUUCUGUUAGAUGCCGGUGCACUGAUGUUAGAGCUCAAUAACAAACAAGUGGCGGUAGAGUGGCUGAAACAAGCUCCCGAUAUGUACGACGUUGGUGUCUACUUCGACGAACAAGACAUUCUACAAACUAUUGAUCGCAGUGGAAUUAUGGCAGAAUUUGAAUGCUCGUCUUAUCGAAAGAACUUGGGUCAAUGUCUCGUGUAUUUGGACGACACACACACGCGUGGCACUGAUCUAAAGUUUCCGUUGGGCACAAAGGCGUGCGUGACACUUUGUGGUGAUAUUACACGGGACAAAACGGUUCAGGCGUGCAUGAGAAUGCGACAACUGGGCAAGGGCCAUAAAAUUGCAUUCUGGGCUUCAUCCGAAGCGAACGCUCGGAUUCAAAGCGGAACUGCAGGGGAUAGCAUUACUAACAAGGACGUCGUUAAAUUUAUCUGCCAGAACAGCGAGAAAUUCGAAAGAGACAACGUGUCACAUUGGGCCGCAUCAGCCUUUAAUUACACGAAAAAGCUCAUCGGCCAUAAACUGAUCAAUGAUUCUGUGGAUGACCGAUCAUUAGAGAGAUUGUAUGAGCACUGCCUGGAAAACGAUUACGCCACAUUGAUGGAACUGUAUGGCGAUAUAAGAAAAGCAUCGCUGACAAUGAUUUUCCUGCGAAAAUUCGAGACCUUAACUAGUGACAGGAUUAGGAGUGUUCGCGAUUUCAAAUUCACCAUUCUCGAAGGUGUGAUCGGGAGAAUCAACGCCAAAGCCCAACAUGAGAAAAAGUUCUUGAGUACCUUGGACGACGAACAAGAAAAGGAAUUGGAGAAAGAAGUCGAAGUUGAAGUUCAAGCAGAGAAACCAAAACUACCGAAAAUCGAGACAGCAGCCACGCCCCAAUUCGACAAGCGUUUGAACCAAAUGAUCCGGACCAAACAUAACGGCUCAAUCUUGAAGGCAUUGAAAGCCGAUUCAGUUUUAGCUCCAGUGGAGCAAUGCCUAGCUCACGUACAAUUCUAUCAAAAAUACAUCAACAAAUGCGGAUGGGCGAAUCACUUGUUAGCUACGAAAGAUUUCACCAGUGUGAUCGAAAGUACUGCCACUACCUGCGACAAAUAUCUGCGACCGGUCUGGUGGAUUGCUCGUGUCAAUAGAUCGAACGGAGCGUUUAGCUUAAUUUUGUUAAGCUCGUACGAAUGCGACCGCAUGCUAUCGUCCUUUCGGAAGUCUGAAAAUGCCGUCCUCUACAUGUUCCAUCCACGUAUUAAACAUCUGCACAGCAAUUUAAUUCGAGAGUCUGCACUACAAGUCUGUGGAUGGAAGAAUGCUCCACGCAUCCGUGUUGAAGAGGAAGUACAAAUCGGAAUGCUGUCUGGAUUGAUGUAUUUCGCAGACGAUGAAGAACAGGCAGUGUACUGCAGUUUUCUCGGAUUGAUUCCGAGACCACGCACUGCCGAACUGGAAAACGCUUUCACUCAAGGUAUCAUCAAUCCGAAUGGUUUCGUAGAGCGUAAAAAUCGUCUGUACUCGGAGUUAAUUGGUAACAUCGUCGGACAAUGUGGCUUUGACCAAAAUUCCACCGAUUUGGCAGUCAAAUUGAUUGAGGCACAUCACCAACAUAUGCCAGCUGGCUGUCAUGUCGCGUCAGUUCUGCUGCGCGGAAUCAAAGCGCAUAUCAAUUCGAGUAACGGUAAUUAAAACUAAUGAUUACUAAUCAAACAAAUGAAAUUCAUGAAAAUUUUGUCCAUACUUUUAUACUGAAAUCGGGAAAUUCUUGAAUAAAAUGAAGAAA